CUUUUUAAGGUGAAGGACAUGCACGGUUUUGACAAGUUUGUUAAAAAAAUCCAGCCAGAGUAAUUUGAUAUAGACCACCUGUUUUCAACAUCAUCUACCUCCAUUCCCAUACAAAACCCCCUUCAAUUUCAUCAUCACCUUCUUGCAUGCCAAAUUUGUGGCCGUGGCAAUGGACUCUUCCGCAAAUCCACCUCAAGGCCUAACUCCAGAAGAAUACGCUGAACUCAAACCUCUGAUCGACACAUAUCACAGGUUUGACCCAAAGCCAAACACAUGCACAUCUCUAAUAACGCAACGAAUCGAUGCUCCAGCUCAAGCCGUGUGGCCUUUCGUUCGAAGCUUCGAUAAUCCCCAGAAAUACAAACACUUCAUCAAGAGCUGUAACAUGAGUGGCGAUGGUGGAGUAGGGAGUAUAAGAGAGGUGACAGUAGUUACAGGACUCCCAGCGUCAACCAGCACGGAGAGACUAGAGAUUUUGGAUGACGAGAAACAUAUAUUGAGCUUUAGGGUUGUCGGAGGAGAGCAUAGGCUGAAUGACUAUCGGUCUGUUACAUCAGUGAAUGAGUUUACCAAAGAUGGGAAAAUUUACACCAUUGUUUUGGAGUCUUACACAGUGGAUAUACCAGAGGGAAACACCGGGGAGGAUACAAAGAUGUUCGCGGAUACUGUUGUGAAGUUGAACCUGCAAAAGCUUGGAGUUGUGGCAAUGGCUUCUCUUCAUGAAUCAGGCGGACAUGAAUGAAAAUGGAGUUUAAUUGAUCAACAAAUAUGGUUGGUAUCUGCAACUUGGAAUGUCUUUGUCUUUUAUUAUUUAAAUAGGCAGUUUAAUUCAGUUAUGGGUAUUAUUUUAUAUAUUUAUCAAUUUCUGUAUCGGUUAUUACAAGGAUGGAGGAUGGAUGGCCCCUGAAAACUUUCAGAAAAUCAAUAACUUAUUUAUUAUUGCACGUAACGUAAGUUUCUUGUUAUACAAUAUUACAAGGAACCCUCAGCAGCUCAGCUUUUAUAUAAAAA